GCAUCAACCCAUUUCUAAAGAUUACACCUUUUUAAGUAUUUUAUUUUGCUUUCAAGUUUCAUACGCCAAGUUCGAAUUUGUUCCUAAUACAACCAAGAACAAGAAGAGAGAGCAGAGAGAGAAUGGGGAAAGACAGGAAGGUUGGGGUGGCAAUGGAUUUCUCGAAGAGCAGCAAGACGGCUCUGCAAUGGGCUAUUGACAACUUGGGUGAAAAAGGUGAUACCUUCUACAUCAUCCACAUCAAGUCUCAUGCAUCCGAUGAGGCUCGCAAUCAACUCUGGUCCAAAUCUGGUUCACCUCUCAUUCCUCUGGUGGAGUUUCGUGAACCAGAAGUGAUGAACAAGUACGAAGUGAAGAUUGAUAUUGAAGUUCUUGACACGCUUGACACUGCUUCCAGGCAAAAAGAGAUAAUCUUUGUUACGAAACUGUAUUGGGGAGACGCAAGAGAGAAGCUGUGUGAAGCUAUUGAAGAGCUGAAGCUGGAUUCAUUGGUCAUGGGAAGCAGGGGACUUAGCACCAUCAAAAGGAUAAUCUUGGGAAGCGUGACCAACUACGUGAUGGCAAAUGCUGCUUGCCCUGUGACCAUCGUCAAAGAUCCAGAUUUCCACAAGCCCUGAACAAGAUUUUCAAAUGAUAUCAAAUAAGAACUUGCAUGUUCUUUCCUGCUUUUUGUUCGGUGUUUUGGUUUGAAAGUUUAUGCACUUGACUUGAUUAAGUUUUUAUACAAGAGAAAAGUUGAUGAUAUGUGAUAUUUUAAGCACUAAAUAUUUGGAAAUAAUAAAUAUGUUUUGGUGUGG